AUGGCCAACAUAGCCUCUCUCAAGCAAAUCUCUGCCAAGGACCUCUCUGCGCGAAUCCUCGCUGAGCGGGAUAGCGCGGAGCCGACCUAUGCCAUUAUCGAUGUGCGCGAUGACGACUAUAUUGGUGGCCACAUCAAGGGUUGCAUCCACGCUCCGAGCGCCCAGAUCGAGGCGCUGAUGCCUACGCUGCGACGCCGGCUGCAGGACAAGCAGACGGUCGUCUUCCACUGCAUGCUGAGCCAGCAGCGCGGGCCCAGCGCGGCUCUGCGGUACCUCCGGGAGAGGACGGUCAGCGACGGGGUGCAGCAGGAGGUCCUCGUUCUGGACAGAGGCUUCGAGGGCUGGCAGCAAGAGUAUGGCGAGGACGAGAGGCUGACGGAAGGCUACCGCAAGGAACUAUGGGACAACUAUUAA